AUGGCUGGCAGAGGAUAUGGACGAGGACGAGGACGCGGCGGAUUUCAAAAUUAUGCACGACCAGAGCCAUUUGUACUUUUUCCCGAGGAUAUUAAUUUGCCUGAUGCAAAACUCGGCGAAAAUGUUGCUAGUAUGAAACAUUUGAUUAUAUGGGAUUUGAGUUUUGAUAGUUAUUUUAAAGCGGCUCCUUAUCUCUUGGACGACACCGAAUCAAAAGGGUGCAAAAGGAUGCACGUAGAAAGAUUUUCUGACAAGAAGAAGAUCGCGUUCACUCGUGAUUCGCUGUCUCAGGUUUUAUAUUACGACGAAUUUGUUAAGGAGUUGGUUCCAGGUAAAUCUAAGCAGAUGCUGAGCCGGAAAAAGUUUCGAUGGAACCCUGAAGCUGAUGCGAGAAAACUGGCAUUCUUUGAAGAACUAGAGAAAAAGUUCCUGGCGGAAGAGGGACACCGAAAAAUGGCUAUAAUAUUGGCUGCAUCUUCUGCUGUCUUGGCUCUUCUUUUGGUUACUGCAACAAUGGGUUUCUUUAUAAGAAAGAAUGUAAUGAGGAAAAGAAGAGAGAGAAAACAAUUUGGGACACUUUUGGAUACAGUGAAUAAAUCCAAGCUAAAUGUUCCAUAUGAAAUUCUUGAAAAAGCAACAAAUUACUUCAAUGAUGACAAUAAGCUAGGACAAGGAGGAUCAGGUUCAGUUUAUAAAGGAGUUAUGCCAGAUGGUAAUACUGUGGCUGUUAAAAGGCUUAGUUUUAACUCGACGCAAUGGGUGGAUCAUUUCUUCAAUGAGGUUAAUUUGAUUAGUGGAGUUCAUCACAAAAAUGAUGAGAGAAGAAAGAAUACUUACACGUCGGAGUCACUCCGCCAACGCUUCAAUCGUGAUUCAGAGGGAAUGCUUCAAGCUUGA